GGCUCAAAUCAGAGGGAUUUAAUUAGGGAGUUCCGUGCCUGUUCUCCACGCCAUGCCCCAUACCAGCUCUUGCCCCCCUGCGCUCCUAAGCCCGAUGGCACUGUGGCUUGCUCUGAUGCUACAUCUUUCCCUUUCCUCCCAAGCUGCAGACAGGAGAACUUUUCCUGUAGGCAAGUCUCAAGGUGUGAAGGAAAAGACCCUGAUUCUUCUCGAUGUGAGCACCAAGAGCCCUGUCAGGACAGUCAAUGAAAACUUCCUCUCUCUACAGCUGGAUCCUUCCAUCAUUCAUGAUGGCUGGCUCGAUUUCUUAAGCUCUAAGCGGUUGGUGACCCUAGCCCGGGGACUGUCUCCCGCCUUUCUGCGUUUUGGGGGCAAGAGGACAGAUUUCCUCCAGUUCCAAAACCUGAGGAACCCAGCGAAAAGUCGCGGGGGCCCUGGCCCUGAUUACUAUCUCAAGAACUACGAGGAUGACAUCGUUCGGAGUGAUGUUGCCUUGGAUAAGCAGAAAGGCUGCAAGAUCGCUCAGCACCCAGAUGUAAUGUUGGAGCUUCAGAGGGAGAAGGCGGCUCAGAUGCACUUGGUUCUCCUCAAGGAGCAAUUCUCCAACACAUACAGUAACCUCAUAUUAACAGCCAGGUCUCUAGACAAACUCUAUAACUUCGCUGAUUGCUCUGGGCUGCACCUGAUCUUCGCCUUGAACGCACUGCGACGCAAUCCUAACAAUUCCUGGAACAGCUCGAGCGCUCUGGGUCUGGUUAAAUACAGUGCCAGCAAAAAAUACAACAUUUCUUGGGAGCUGGGCAAUGAGCCAAACAACUAUAGGACCAUGCAUGGCCGUGCAGUGAAUGGCAGCCAGCUGGGAAAGGACUAUAUCCAACUAAAAAGUCUGUUGCAGCCCAUCAGAACUUAUUCCAGAGCCAGCUUGUAUGGACCCAAUAUUGGGCGUCCCCGGAAGAAUGUCAUAGCUCUUCUAGAUGGGUUCAUGAAGGUAGCUGGGAGCACUGUGGAUGCUGUUACCUGGCAACAUUACUACAUUGAUGGCCGAGUGGUCAAGGUGAUGGACUUCCUGAAAACACGUCUCUUAGACACACUCUCUGACCAGAUUAGGAAAAUUCAGAAAGUGGUAAACACAUAUACCCCAGGGAAGAAGAUUUGGCUUGAGGGUGUUGUAACCACCUCAGCUGGAGGCACAAACAAUCUCUCUGAUUCCUAUGCUGCUGGAUUCUUAUGGUUGAACACUUUAGGAAUGUUGGCCAAUCAGGGCAUCGAUGUUGUGAUACGGCACUCAUUUUUUGACCACGGCUACAAUCACCUUGUGGACCAGAAUUUUAACCCAUUACCAGACUACUGGCUCUCUCUCCUGUAUAAGCGCCUGAUUGGACCCAAAGUUCUGGCAGUGCACGUUGCUGGCCUCCAGAGGAAGCCACGGCCUGGCAGAGUCAUCCGCGACAAAUUACGCAUUUAUGCUCACUGCACAAGCCACCACAACCACAACUACGUCCGUGGGUCCAUUACACUAUACAUUAUCAAUCUUCAUCGAUCAAGAAAGAAAAUCAAACUGGCGGGAACACUCAGGGACAAGAUUGUUCACCAGUAUCUCCUGCAGCCCUACGGGCAGGACGGGCUCCAGUCAAAGUCAGUGCAGCUAAAUGGUCAGCCUUUGAUGAUGGUGGAUGAUGGAACUCUGCCAGACUUGAAGCCCCGACCCCUUCGGGCUGGCCGCACACUGGUUAUCCCACCAGUAACCAUGGGUUUUUAUGUAGUCAAGAACGUCAAUGCUCUGGCCUGCCGGUAUCGAUAGGCGUAGGCCUUCUUCACAUUCAUGUGCCACUGAUGGACCUGCUGGACCUGUUUUAAUUCUUCAGACCUAACAGUAUCCUUUUUUCACUGACAAAUAUCUUCUUAAAGCAGACUAAAACAGACCCUGCUUCCAAGUCCUGCUGGACACAGCGUAGGCCUUCUUUCCAAGAAGAUCCUAAGUUCCAUGGAGUGAAAAUGUAUGCAUACAUACAUACGUAUAAAAUACUUGCA